GCCGCGGCGGCGUGCGGAGUACGAGGGACUCUGAGCCGAGCGCUGCCGGGUGCACAGGCGGGGGCUGGGCUAGCGCGUCCCUGCCCAGCUCGGUUUCCAUCCGGGUUGCAGGGAGGAGCCUGGCUCACAAACCCGAGCAUGGUGCCGGCUGCUGGCGCGGGGGACCCUGUGGGCACCGCUGCUCCCGCUGAGGGGAACCCCGGGCUGGGAGCGCCCGUGGCACGGCCGGGCCGUCACCCUGCAGCAGCCCAGGACAAGUUCUUCUUCAUCAAAGGUGGGAUUUUUCUAGGUACUGUUGCUACUGCAGGAAUGAUUGCUGGUUUUGGUACAACACUUGCUAUGGCUAAAAAGAAAAACCCCAACUGGUUCAAUAAGGGUAUUACUGCCACAGCUGCAUUACCAGAGAAUGGUUCAUCGCUGGCCUUACGAGCCUUGGGGUGGGGUUCGCUGUAUGCCUGGUGUGGAGUUGGGCUGAUCAGUUUUGCCAUCUGGAAGGCUUUGGGAGUUCACAGUAUGAAAGAAUUUCGUAAUAAAAUGCAAUCAAUAUUUCCAGCAAUUCCUAAAAGUGCAGAGCACUCAGUCGAAUGGGAAGACUUACUGAAAUCCAAAUGAAAGGAGCAGAAAGGAUUCAGAAUUGUAUACUUCAGUGGGAAAAACUGCAGAACUUGUGGGAAAAGUCCAUCUAAAAAAAUAAGAAAAUCAGACUGAUUUGAACGCAUGGAAAUGAGCAAAUUUAGUGACUGUUUGCUGAACAUGGGGACGGCAGUUAUUAUUUUAACAGCAAGAGAACUGUUAUGUUUUUGCUGUUACUUUUUCAGCAUUGUCAUUAGAGUCGAAUUAUGGAGAAAAGAACCUUAUGGGAUACCUUGAAAGAAGAAUAUAACUGUAUGAGAACGUGUUUCAGUAAAACAAAAAUCAAACAAGAAA